UGAAGAAGGCACUCCAAGUAUCAACAUCAAGCAUUGACCAAAUGUGCUGCGUGUGGUUUCUACGUUCAAGAGUCGGGCUAUUUCCAGGCAAGGUGCGCCGUGUUGUGAUAUUUAAAAAAAAUCAUAAAUCGUAUUUUUAGGGCUUCACUUAUGGUUUCAGAUACUCUGACCAAGUCGGAGUUCAGGAAAAUGCGGAAUUAAACUGGCGUGAAGUUUAAAUGGACUUUAAAAGGCUCAAGACUGGACUAAUGGUGGUGUAUUUUUGAAUUUUUAUCUUGUCUUUUUAACCUGUCUGGUCAUCUGAAGGAUUAAUUGCUUUUAUAUAUUUUUUGGGUUGAAAAUGUGACGACUUUUUUUUAACUAGUGUAAUUUUAAAGGUUUUGAAAGUUAUUUCACACAAAUCUUGAACUGUACCAGUAAGAGGAGUCUGAAGUGAGAACAUCCAUGGAUUGAAACAUUCAACUUUAAGCUUCAAGUGCAAAAGUGCCUCAAGCAAGGUUGAGAAAUGUGUGAAGGAGAGUGACGGACGGCCAUGGGUCUGGAGAGACGGUGGCUUGAGGCUGUCACCACUGCUCUAGCCAUCUGUCUGCUAAGUGUGUCUCAAAGUUUGUCAUCAGUGGUUCGUGGCAGAGAGGGCAGCUCUGCAGAGCUGGGUUGCAGUCUCACGCCUAAAUUUCAUGAUGCCACCAGCCCUAACCUCUUCCCGCUGCAUGUGGUGGAGUGGGUGCGGCUCGGUUACAACGUUCCCAUCCUCAUCAAAUUUGGAGUGUAUGCACCGAGAGUUCAUCCCAACUACAAGGGGCGUGUCUCUCUGUCAAGGGGCGCCUCCCUGCUGUUGGAGCGGCUGACCCUGGAGGAUGAGGGUUGGUUUGAGUGCCGCAUCCUGCUUCUGGAUAGCAAAACCGACGACUUCCAAAAUGGCACCUGGACCUUCCUCUCCAUUACAGCUCCACCAGUGUUUAUCAAGACACCGCCAACUUUUGUAGAAGUUCUUCUUGGAGACUCACUGACACUCAGCUGUGGAGCUCAUGGAAACCCUCGCCCAACUGUGGUCUGGCACAAAGAUGAGAGCCCAGUUGAGAAACAUGAAAAAAUCAAAGUCCUCAAUGGUAGCUUGUCUUUGGCCUCAGUCACAAGAAACAUCUCAGGAGUGUACAAAUGUCACGUUUCCAAUUCAGAGGGCAACCUGACACAUUCAACGCAGCUGCAGGUCAAGGGUCCCCCAAUCAUCAUCAUUUCACCUGAAGACACUACUCUCAACAUGACCCAGGAUGCAGUUCUGCAGUGCCAGGCUGACGCUUACCCUUCCAACCUUACAUAUGAGUGGAUGAAACAGGGGCAGAAUGUUUACCAUAUUGAAUCUCUUAAAUCCAGAGUGAAGGUUUUGGUGGAUGGAACCCUUCUAAUCCCUAAUCUAAUCCCAGAAGAUGCUGGCAACUACACCUGUAUCCCAACCAAUGGGAUAUUGAAUCCACCCUCAGCCUCAGCACAUCUCAAAGUGAAACACCCUGCUCGAGUUGGACGAAUGCCCAGGCAAACCUACCUGCCCUCAGGUAUGGAGGGCGUCAUUGUGUGUCCUACCCAAGCUGAUCCGCCGGUGCUGUAUGUGAACUGGACCAAAGAUGGGAAUAAUUUAAAUCUUGACAAAUUUCCAGGGUGGAUGGUGAACUCUGAGGGUUCGGUUUUUAUUGCAACAGCAAAUGACAAUGCUGUAGGCAUGUACACUUGCACUGCAUAUAACAGCUACGGAACCAUGGGUCAGUCUGAGCCCACCCAGGUCAUUCUCCAGGAUCCACCCACAUUCCAAGUACCUCCUCGGUCGGAGUAUCUGCAGGAGGUGGGCAGAGAGUUGAUCAUCCCCUGCGAAGCCAGUGGGGAUCCUGCCCCGAACAUAACAUGGAGCAAGAUUGGCCCUACUCCUCGUUCUCAGUACUAUGUAUUGGCUAAUGGUUCCCUCCUGCUGCAGCCUCUCAGUAAGGACCACCAUGGAGGCUGGGAAUGCCUGGCCUCUAACCGUGUAGCAACUGUCAGUGCAGGCACUGUGGUCAUGGUGUUGGGCACCAGUCCCCAUGUUACGUCUUCAGUGUCUGUAAACACAGAGAUGAACCAAGCUAAUGUAUCCUGGGUGCCUGGAUUUGAUGGCGGCUUCACCCAGAAAUUCACUGUGUGGGUCAAGCAGUCAUCCAGAGGGAAACAUGAAUGGGCGUCUUUACCUGUGCCCACAUCCAAGAACUACCUUCUGGUUACUGGUCUUGUGGCUGGGACCAGUUAUCAGUUCAGUGUCCUACCUCAAAAUAAACUGGGCUCUGGGCCUUUCAGUGAAAUUGUUACUGUUACAACUGAAGCUCUGCCAACAGAAGCCCCAACUGUCAUUACUACUCUACCAAUGCUGGAACCACCCAUUGUCUUGUCUGCCAACCGCACCAGACAAGGCGUUCUUCUCCAGUGGUCACCUCCUGAGGCGCCAUCCUCUCCACUGACAGGUUAUGUGCUGCAGGCUCGCCGGAAUCAGGGCCAGUGGGUCACCCUCAGCAGCAACAUCAGUGCCAAUCAGAGUGAAGUCCUUGUACAAGGACUGCUUCGUGACUCCAAUUAUAAUCUGAGGCUGUUGUCCUGCAGCAACAAAGUGCUCAGUGAGCCUAGUGGUUUUGUCAAUAUAUCUACCACAGGGAUGGAGAUUUACCCCUUACGCCCACAUUUCUUGGAGCUUGUCCCUGAGCCUCUGCUGGCAGGUGUGAUUGCAGGGGUGUGCUUCCUGUUCAUGGCUAUUGUGCUAUCCUUGGUCACAGCUUGCUAUAUGAGUACCCGGAGAGAACGUCGGCGCAGGAAGAGACAACAAGACCUCCCAUCUCCUUUCCAGAAGAGCCCAUCUUCAGAAGUUCGACAUCCUCCUCGCAGCCCAGAUAGUGUCUUGAAGCUCAAGCUCUGCCCGACCCUCCCUUUCUUCCCCACCUCCUCCUCACAGUAUGAUCGCUCCUCUUUUGGCAAAGUCAGUCGAGGAGAAUACCAAGACCAGCGCAAGCAACUCCUGGCUAACUCAUCUCCGCCACCACAUUAUACACUUUUUGAAAGCCACCUUGGGUCCCAGGCUCCCUCCCCAACAGCUUUGGAGUCAAUUUCAAGAGGCCCAGAUGGACGUUUCAUAAUCCAACCCCUGAUAGAGGGUUGCAGUCCCUCCAGUAAGAAAAAUCUAAAGGACAUUUUGCUCAGCAAUGGUGGUGCAAGUGGCUCAGGAAGCAACCGUACUUCAUUCAGGGACUCCCCAAAAUCAAGCAUCUUGAGUUCCGACAAAGACGAAAGGAAAGAUUCUCCACUUACUGUGGAUGUGCCUGAACUCAGCAGGCCUCCAUCCUCCCCAGGAAGGGUUCGGGCUAUUGCUCGGAACUUCUCCCGUCAUGGCUGCUUUUACUCUGAUGAUGAACAUGGCGCAGAGAACCUACUGGAAAGAGCGAGCUUCUAUUCAGACAAUAGUGAGAAAAAGCCCAGUGAUCCUCUAAGAAGGCAUCGCAUGCCAGCCCGCACUGAGGACUUAUUCCCCGAGUUGGCCAGGAGAACCUACAUUUUAGAUAAAGAAGAUAGGCCACAACCUUCAGGCUAUCAUCCAAUGACCAGUCACCUGACUGAUGAUAGCACGCUAGUCACGCAGCUUGACAGCGAAGUAGAAAAUGACAGCAUCCAAAAGUGCAUUCAACUGGCCAAGGAGAGGGAGGAAAUGGAGCGGGAACUUGAACGCUACACAACCAGUCACAAAAACCAAGAAAGGGGGAAAGAUGUACAUGUUACCAAGUCACAGAGCCCUCAUUGUAGCACAUCCCAGCCUGAUGAGGAACCUGUAUGGCAACCACAAGAUGUCACUCUCCGUCAAAAGCACAGACCCUCUAGCCAUACAAGUCGAGUAGCAGACUAUAGAAGGGCGUGCUACUUUGGGAACACUAGUAGUCCUACGGACCGACUUCCUCCAUCUCACAUACAGUGGGACAUUAGCCCUGUUACAUCGGUCACAAACCUCGUCCCAGCAAGGAGCAACUGGGAGUCCACAUCGGCCAAGUUACAGCAGUCUCAUACUAGUGAAAGAGCUGCAGAGGAUUCUCCAGUCACCGAACACACGUCCCUUCCUAUGCCUUCCACUGACGUAACUUUUGAAAAGAAACCUGCUCGAUGUUUAGAGACACCCCUGAGAGCCAGAUCAUUGAGUCCUCUGACAGAUUCAGUUUUGUGUGGUAAGCCUAUGACUGAAGGCUUAAGGCAAAAUAUUAGUGAUGGAGGUGCUCCUUCUCGAUCCAGAAAUUCCUAUGCUUACGGAACACACAAUUGGGUUUCAGCUUCUAGAAGUCCUUUAGUUUACAGUGAGAGGUCUGAAAGUCCAGUUCAGCCUUCAACAUCAUAUGCAACCACAAGGGAUCCCAGUCCCUCUGGUUUUCCUACCUUACCCUAUGAACAUCACGUUAAGUCAAAGGCCAAAGACACGGGAGGCUGUGAUGACCGCCAAAGCUUGGGAUUAGAAAGAGAAAGUGUCCGAGCACGGUCCCGAAGGAGUGACAAAUGUCUUUUCUCUGAUAGUCCCAGCCCUGUGUCAAUGUUGACUCUGGUGGAAGAAGCUGAAAGUGACCAGUCCCAAUUUUCUGUCCCCAGAAUGUCAGGGUCUUUCAAGACCAAGCCUGCUGCAUCACCUAAAAUGUCAUCAUUGCAGACGAGUGCGAUUCUGGAAUAUCUGAGCCUUCCGGGGUUUAUUGAGAUGAGCGUAGACGAGCCUGUAGAAGAAGCUGAAGUUUCAGGCACUGCUGGACCAAGUUUGGACCGAAAAUCUGUAGAAUCCAUGGUGGCUAAGCCAGAUGUUGUACCUGAAAACUGGGAGGUUCAUGUCCAGGACAAUCCAGAAGGUAAAUCAAAUAAAAGGGAGGGUUGUUUUGAACCUUCACUUUCUCGAGAAAAACACGGCUAUAGGCAUCACAACGAAAAGGAGUCUUUACUUCGUGUAAGGUUUCCAGACAGCGUAAGACCGAUAUCGCCAGCUCCAGAAAAGAAUAGCAAGCAGCUGUACAGUGAGAAAACACAGAUUAGAGCUGAGACUAAAAACACUGAGUCAAGACUCGGUUCCAGGCCAGCUCAUACUUUGCUUAGUGCCGCUAAAGGCAUGGUAGAUAUAGUGUCAAAACAUUCUCAGAGCCUUGGAGACAGCAAUGAGUCUUUAUCAGAGCAACCCCAAAGACAAGGUUCUCAAGGUUCUCAUGGUUCUCAGGGCAACAGGACCAAUAACAUUGCAUCACGAAUAUGUCAAGCCCCUGUGCCAUUUCUCAAGAAAUCCUUCAGCGUUGGACCUUGUCGGACACUCUCAGGUAUGGGACCGCCCAGACCUUUCCUUAAGAAGUCCAUCAGCUUUGGCUCCCAAAGAUGGGAGCACUUUGAGAGCCCAAGGACAUACAUCUCUGAGAGAUGUCACUGGGAUGAGUUCCCAAACCCUGACGUCAGGGUGAAAUCCUACAGUUUGGGUCACACUCCGUCUUCCUUCCACAGGCCAGGUCCUUCCUGGAGGGAAUAUGUCCCGUUAAGACGUCCCAGCAUGGGCAGCUUAGAGAGGCCCCAAUGUACACAAAGAUCUAGUCCCUCCUACCUCAUUCCUGCAAUGUACCCACACAGAGAGAGAUCACUGUCCCCGAUGUCGGAACCCAGCGAUCCACGACGGCAGGCUACCGUUUUCCCCGAUUCCUCACGGUGGUCCCCGUCUUACCCAUAUUCACUGAGGUCUACUCAGUACAGAUAUGUCCCCAUGCCCUCAUCUGUCCCCCACCAUCAUCAACAGUGGCCAGGACACAGACCUUUAGAAGGCAUGAGGCCGAUGGAUCCCAGGAGGGCCCCCCCGAGGUCCUACCUGCCUAGAGGCAUCAGCUGGCCCUCACCUUACUGCAUGCCUUUCCCUCACAGGGAAGGGGACAGUUAUAGACCGGCAGAGAGACCGAUGGGAAGGGGGGGUGACGCAGACCCUCGGGAGGUCAGAGAGGGGGGGAGGGCCAGCUAUGCCAGUCAGAGCAGUGGGAGGGGCAGUGCUGGUUUCUUCCGCCAGUCGCUGUCCAUCACUCCCACCUUGCUCAGCUCCCCCGAAACCACAGAGGAGAGCGAACGCCACAGAGCUGAGCUGGAUCUACCUGAGAGGAGAUCGAAAAGAAGGAACACGUCAGUAGAUGAGAGUUAUGAGUGGGACUCUGCUGACCCGUGUGUGGACACGGAGGUCCUGGAGGCCUUGAGGUUUGAUCGCUGUAAAGCAGAUUUCCCGACAAGCGGAGGAGGGCUUGUAUGCGAUCCACCUACUGGCCUCCGGGACCAAACACACAAAGGCCCGUCUCCCUCUGCCUGCCUACCAGUCUCCAACCCACCUCGCAGCCACUCUCACCACUCCCUUAGUGAGGCGCGUUUCAACGCUCUCCGCCAGGAGUACCAAGAGUACAGACAGGCUCAGGAGUCCAUCUGUUCCCGUGAGCCCUGCCUCGCCCGUGGCAACGAUUCAGACUCUGACGCCAACUCAGCACUGCUCUAGAAGCUAAACUCGGUGUGUCUGACACGGACAGCGAGUAGCAGACAAGCACAUGAACAUGUGGAAGUAGCAUCCGUCAUCUGUUCUGGCAGACUGACGGAUAAUCCGAGUGGUUUGCCCAUAUUUGUCAUCUGGUGGCAUUCUCUGCUUUAUGUUUCACUGUGGAUUAUGUUGCUGAGAAGGGAUUAUUUAUUUUGUUAAGAAGCUUGUGCAUCUGUGUUGCUUUUUUUGUUGACAAUCUGACACAGGCACCCCUUUGACACACAACUGGGAACAAACUACACAAUGAAGGUGUUAUUUCAUGUGAAGAUGUCUUUUCGCUUAUGACAAUUAUUUUGUUCCAAAAUGGUAUCCCUCGUACAACAAACCUCAGGGCAGUUGAUGAUGUUCAUUAUUCUUCCCGAUAGAGAAAUUAUUAUUUUAUUUGCCACUUUUCCCCUCCUGUUUGCCUGAAAUCAUUUGACCUCAGUAUGGUACCUGAUGAAAUGUGCACAUGUUUACUUGUAUUGUUGUUCAAAUGGAACUGGUCAGCAUGUGUAGUUCAAUGACACACGAAAAAAAAGCAAAUGCCUUAUUUUCAUUCUUUAAAAGGGUAGCUGAUUGACUCGGACAGGGUUGCGCUAACAAGCUUCAACCUUUGUACAUUUUCUACAGAUGUUUGACUCACAGGACAUGAGUUCUAAUAUUCAAUAUGUUUACAAUUCACUAAUGUGAAGACAACACUGUGAGUGGUUCAGUCUUUUAUGAAUUCUGUGCCCUUGUUUUUUUUUUUUUUUUUACUGAUGAAUGACAAAUAUUGAUUUGGUGUGUCACAUGACCAGCGGUGACACUGUAAUGUACUUUGGGAAGUACUGUUAUCACUCGCAAUAAGUAUUACAUGUGAGGGCGUGGGGGUGCAUUUCUGCUGACAAAUCUGGAAGUUUUGUACAAAAGUGAAAGUUUUAUAUCUGGUGGUUUGUUAUGAAUAAAUUGUUUUAUUCUAC